UCUCUGUUGUGUUCACUGACUGAUCACACACGGAGGGAAACACGACGUGGUGGGGACAUCUCAUUUAAAACAUUGAGUAACAUGAGGGACAGUAGAUAUUACAACGAAAUAAAUAUGUUGAUAUCACAUUAACUAAAGAUAAUGUUUGUGUACAGGACGUAAUGCGUACUGUUAAGUUUGUUUAAAUGUGUGCAGUUGUGUUUCAAUUUAGAGAGACGAUAACAGAUGUCGCCUGUCAUGCUAUUAUUACAACAGAGAUGUUUAUGCUAAAUUCAUGAACAGGUUUUAAACCUUAACGUUACUAUCAAGCUGUGAGCUGCUUGAUUUCGGUUAGCUUCAGGAGAAAGGGAGAGUUAAUAUAACACAAUAUAUUAAUCCCCUUAGCGUACGUUAUCUUAGUACAAGUCAUCAGUGGACUUUGUUGUGAACAGUGGGUAAUAAUACCUUGGGAGACAGCCUCCUGUGAGGGAUAAGAUGUCCAUUUAAGUUUUUAUUUCAAGUUGGUCCCCAUCACAAAGAUGGAGUCCCUCACCCCACAUACUGAGGUUCGCCUGGCAGUGGCUCAGUGUUUCCGGACCCUCACUUCAUCCACUGAUACUAAAGACACAAUCAACGCUCUGCACACACUUCACUCUUACUUGGAUGAAAGACCAGGAAACAAGAUCACUUCAGUUCAGCGUGUGGAGUUCAGGAGAGCUCACUUCACUCGCACCCUUCAGUUCCUGGUCAGCAGCAUCCAGGCUGACUGGUUUCACAGCCUCACAGAAGCUCAGCGCACAGAUCUGUGGGACGGACUGUUCCUCAGAGGCCCUCCGGAGCAGACGCUGCUGGUGCUGAUGGAUGGGAUAGGAGAGCUAAGAGCCAGUGCUAGUCUGGACCACUUGGUCAGCAUCACAGAGCGGUUCCUUCAGAGCCAUCGUCUCGCUGACCUGCUGUGGUCCUACUGUCUGCACAGCGCUCCCUCUGACACCCCUCAGCUCAGAGAAACUCUGCUGGGUCGUCUUGUUUCUUUACCGGACCUCACAGCCAACAGGUUGCAUCUGAACAUCAAGCCUCUCUUUCUCCCUCAGCAGUAUUAUCCUCUACUGGCCUCAGAGAUUCUCACCGCUCUGGAGAGGACGUGCCGAGCACUUAAAGAUGGCACUGAUUGCUCCUUAACAUUUGUGGCUGAGACACUUGGGAAAGUGUGUAUCCAGGGUCAUAGUGGUUCGGUGCUGGCCGUGCUGGCUCCUCAGCUCGCCGUCUGCACGAGCUCAGACAUGGUGUGGCAAAGGGUUUGCUGGAAGCUGUUUGAGAACGUUCCACAGCGAUGGUCAGAGAGCGUGCUGACUUCUCUUGUGCAGGCUGUCAGCGGGCCUGAAGCUUUGGGCAGAGUCAUUGGUAAUCUAGUGUUAACAAACAAAAAGGCCCAGUUUGUCAUUACUCACAAGCUGCUGUUAUUACAGUACAAAUAUGAGACUCGAGUCUUGAGGAUUAUUCUGGGUUACCUGGCAGCUGAUAAGGAGCGACGCCCACUGCUUAUCCAGGUGUUAAGGUGUGUAGCUCAGGCCUGGGCUAACCCCAGUGCAGUGAAACACACACCUUUAGAGCAGCAGCUGUAUGUGAGCAAGGCCUUACUGCUGAGUGUGAGUCUGCUCAACGACUCUGAGCUGCAGGAGCUAAGAUCAGACUUACUUCAGUGUAUGCUGGGCGGCAUGCAGAGCCACCUGGACAGCAGCGUGGUGCGGAUCAGACACAUGGGCAUGGUGGUGGGAGAGUGCCUGAGUUCUCGUAUGGAUAUCAAUGGAGCUGAACUUAAGUUUGAGUAUGAUCAAGAUGAGGAAACAAAGGAGCUACUGUCACUGAUGACUCCUGUUAGUGCUGAGGAACCAGAAGCUGAGCCUGUGAACAGAAACGACUCUCCACAAGACACCAGCGAGACAACGCCCUCUGCUCAGAGUGAGGCUUCAAAAACAGCUCCAGACUCCGACUUGGACAGUGAUGAUGAGCUCACUCCUUACGACAUGUCUGCUGAUCAGGAAAUGAACAAAGCAUCUCCACCCCGCUACCUACGAGACUGUCUGGAAAAUUUAAUUUCCUCUGAUGAGCCGGUGCGUGUGGAGCUCAGUUUAAGAGCUGCUGAGAGUUUGGUGAGGAAGAACAGCUUUGCAGCCAGAGAGAUCAGUGUCCAGCUGAGCAAAGUGUUUCUUCACAUGGAGGAUAAAUACAGCAUAAGGGGCUUCGUGAGUCUCAGACAGGCGACCAUGGUGGCACUCGCUGUCACUGACACUAUCUCCGUGACCCAGUAUUUGACCACAGAGUUUUACUCCUUGAACUACAGUCUGCGCCAGCGGCUCGAUAUCUUGGAGGUUCUUGCUCUGGCAGCGCAGGAGCUCUCCAAGCCGAUUACUGAAACAAGAGAUUCUUCCAUGAGUAUCUCUGCCAGCACAGAUUUGACUCCAUACCCCGGAGACAACCCUGUUCACUGGAGACAGGAAGUAGAGAAGCGGAUUCAAAGCAAGACAAGACGCCUUAGUAAGGGUGUCCCAAGGCCUCCAGCUAAGGCCAUCCCCAACCGCUACGCCCCUGUUGUUGGACACUUCUUUUUCCCUCUGCUGUGUAAUUAUGACAAGCCUCAGGUGACCUUUGACCUGUUGGGCAGUGACCAUCUGGUGCUGGGCAGGUUGAUCCACACGUUGGGCCUCUUCAUGCACCUGGCAGCCAAUGCACCGAUAGCUGCACAGAUGGGUCGAGCCUUACUGGACUUUGUGUGGGCGCUGCGCUACCAUGUUGACCAGAUGGUGAGACGAGGCGUCCUCUUCGCUGUCUGCUCCGUGUUUCUGAGCGUGAACAGUCAGAACCUGCUGGUGGACCUGAGUGAUCAGCUGUUUGAGACCAGAACGUGGCUGGCAGAUGUGGCUGAAGGAGACCCUGAUGCAGACUGUCGGAGUCUGGCUAUACAGAGUCUGGUUCUGAUGGACAAGAGCCUGAAAAAACAGCUACAAGACCCACAAGCACUGAGCCUUGAAUCCUAAAAUAUUGACCAUGUUCUACACCUGAUCCUCACAGAGCCUGGAGAUGAGAGUGUUAGGGUUGAUGCAAAUGAUGUUACUGAUAUUGGACUCUUAUCAGUUUGUUUCAUUUGUUUAAACACACAUUAUACCAGCUGAUCUUAUUUAGCUUCUUCUUCAAAUCUGUCUACAACAUGCACAUCCUUACAUUCCCUUGCACUGUAUUGUGAGGAUGAAAAUAUUGUGUAUUAUUUAUGAACCUGACCUGAAUAUUGAUUGAAUGGAGGAUAGGGUACCAUUUUGGUCUACCAAUAAACUGUAUUUUUAUGAGGAUAUCCUUUUCCUGUACUG